CUCAGCGUGUUUUUUAGACGCCGUAUCAAGUUUAAAAUGACGUAAACUUUUUUUAAAAGCGUCUCGAGACACCUGCGUUCUCCAUUGUUCUCGUUGCGUUGCGUCUAGUUUUAUUUUUAGCGCGAGAACGCGUUCGCUCUGACGCUAAGCCAGCUCCUCACACAAGAUCAAUACGUUUGAAGCAAAGCGAGGUGAUUCAAAAAUAUUUUGUUUCAAUGUAAAAACAUACAUUUGUUUACAGACACGCUCAUUUUUUAUUUUUACGCGGUAGCGCCUUUGAUGUUGCUAUUCUAUGUUUGGACAGACCAGUGGUGGUGAGACGGAUACAAAAAAAAAAAAAAAAAAAAAACUCUGCACAUCUGUGCAGAGAGGGAUAUACAGUUUACAAACUUACUUUUCUUUGUUCUUGAGGCAUGCACAGUCAACAAAAGCAACAUUAUGAAAAGCACCCUACCCUUUGGCUUUGUCAAUGCCCGGAUCUUUUGAUUUAGCCUAACUGAAGUCGUCUUUACACUGUCAAGCCUACCAAGUGUCGUCUAAUACCAGAGAACAUCAAACAGCUGUUUACUGUAACAUUUAUAGCAAGCAGUCAAAAUAUGUCUGCAACCCUCUUUCAUGUUAAAUGUGCGAACUUUUGACCUAAAAGCGACCCGUGGGAAACAGAGACCGGAGGUAGGACAAGUAGGUGGAGACUAAAGCGAACCUGAGGAACACCUUUGCAAUCUCACUUUGGCUUCUGCGGUGUGCAGAAUAAACUUGAUCUCUCCGAUUCAUCAUUAUAGACAGCUUCGAUCAUGGAGAACCGUGAGGCAUCUGGAGACAAACUCAACUCGAAACCCUUGGGAAUCUCCCACGACACCGUGUUUACUACCGGGGAAGACAGUUCCACAGGGGGUGAAGGUGUUGCCAAACCACCUGAACCUCCAGCACCUGAAAAGCCGCCUUAUUCAUACGUGGCUCUCAUUGCCAUGGCCAUCAGAGAGAGUGAGGACAAGAAACUUACCCUGAAUGACAUUUACAGCUUCAUUGUUUCCAAGUUUCCAUAUUAUGAGAAGAACAAAAAGGGAUGGCAGAACAGCAUCAGACACAACCUGAGCCUGAACGAGUGCUUCGUGAAAGUGCCCCGGGACAGCGGCGGGGAGCGAAAAGGGAACUUCUGGAUGCUGGAUCCUGCGUUCGAAAAUAUGUUCGAGAAGGGGAAUUACAGGCGCAGGAGGCGCGUCAAGAGACUCUACCGACCACCCACCUUACCGUAUUUACCAGGAAACACAGGAUUUAAUUUGACCGACUCCUAUUGCCUGCAACAGAAGCCAGUUUAUUGGCAAACCCCGUUCGUCAGCGCCACCACCACCGCCUGGAGUCAGCACCAACCCAGCUCUCCAACGCAGCUUGCCAACUUCCAGCACCUGCAGCCCAUGCUCGGCAACGCGCGUCCUCUGUCUCCAAGCGAUUACGCCAACUCUCCCGUGAGUUAUUAUCACGGUCAUCAUCAUCCCCUUCACCCGUCCUACAGAGCGUACCAGCGUCAUCCGAAUGCUCUGGUGCCUUUGAGCGCGCGCACGUACAGCGGGAUGACGCCGCCGGUGAGUCCGGGCGGAAGCUCCAUCUCCACCUGCAGCUAUCCGCAGCAUCACAGCAGCAGCCACCCUGAACUGGUGCAUCAUCCAUUUGAAUGACGAAUGACCGGAUAGAACUGGAUAUUACAGUCUAAUGUGGAUUGAUAGGCCUAUGAGUUAUUUUUUCAAAGUUUCUUGAUGUUAACCCCUGGAAAUUAAGUGUUCAGUCCUCGGGAAUGAUGGCUCUGAAUUUGGAGCGUUGUUGGAUGCUUAAAGUAGCCUACACAAAAGCAGAAGGUAAUGAAAGAAUGCAUUUUUUUGUCUAGCCGGAAAAGAGAAACAACUUUGUUGAUUAAAGGUCGAAUUCGUUAUUAUUUUGAGUAAAAUUAAGUAGAAAUUAUGUCCAAAAAUUUCUACAUUAUUUUGAUGAUUGCUAUAUGGGGUCACAAUUGUCAUAUGGUCUCUUAAUAAACGGCAUUCUUUACCUAUGUUUAUUAACAGUUAAGUUAGAAGAAGAAUUUUUUUUUUCUCAUUAAUUUCAGCAAAUGUUUAAAGUAAGCAUCACGCUACUUGAGCAUAUUUAUUUUUUUGCCAUAUGUUGAGUUAUAGUGGACUGAAGUUCUAAAAAUGUUGUAGCAAAAAUUGUGAUUACUUCUAGAAAUGUUUUUGCUUAGGACAGAUAAGGUGGACAGGUUUUUUUUUUUUUUUUUUAAACUCUUUGCACAGCUGGUUUACAGGAGUUCUUUAUGCAUUCAGAUGUGUAUUUUUUAUACAUUAAAUUUCCAUGUUUAGUGUCUGUAUUCGUGGAGUUUAAAAAU